AAAUAGGAUGGAGCAUUUCACUCAAUCGAUCAAUCAAUCAAUCAUUACAUAGACUUGAGCUACUACAGACUGCUUUGGUGACUACAAAAAAAGUAAGAGUCCAGGCUCUUUCUUCAGAGACACUGGACAUUAAUACUAGUGGCCGUUAAUAUUUGCUCUGGGAGUGCAAACUAAAUUCCAUAAAAAUAAUGACUUUGUUGCAGGCAAGGAGUCUGGUUUACUAAUUUCGGUAUUCCUCGAGAAAGACACGCCUGAAAAUUUCAGUGUGCGUAGGUAUCACAUGGGCAUCUUGUUAAAAUGCAGGUUCGAUACAAAUUAAUAGUUUGGGGUUCAUAAAAAGAACACCAUGGCCUUUGGUGUGUGUCAUCUUACCCAAAGGCUAUUCCAUAGCAGGUCCUCCUUGGAGCAAUGGUCCAACAAAAUUCUGGAUUUUUCAAAUGGCUUCCUGAUAGCAGAAAUAUUCACUGUACACUACCCCCGGGACCUUACAUUGUCAUCCUUUAAAAAUGGGACUUCUUUAAAAGUCAAGCUGGAUAACUGGACACAGUUGGAAAAGUUCCUGGCGAGAAAAAAACUUAGAUUACCUAAAGAACUAAUCCACGGAACAAUUCAUUGUAAAGCCGGAGUACCUGAAAUACUGAUACAGGAGGUGUACACCUUGUUAACACAUCGAGAAAUUAAAAGUAUCCAGGAUGACCUUGUGAAUUUCACAGACUACAGUUACCAGAUGCAGUUGCCCCUGGUCUCCAGAUCGACAGCUUCAAAGUCUAUUAAAGAUAACAUUAGGUUAUCAGAAUUAAUAGGCAAUCCGAACAAGCUCAACAAUGAACAUAAAGUAGAGUUCCUCUUCCUUUUACAAAUGUUGCAAAGAAAAUUGAGCAGAAAACUGAAUCCAAAAUGGUUUGAGGUCAAACCAACAGUGGGAGAAUCGACUUUCAGUCAUGGUCCUGCCCAAGCCUCUGGGUGCAAAUGUAAUUCAGUCAUUUCGAAGGAAAGAGUUGCUCCUGUGUGUUGUAAUGGUGGCAAUCCACUUAAAGAAAUUCACGUGAAGCAAGCUGGAAAACAUUCUUUUGACUCUGUGAAACCUAUCAGAAACAUGGAAAAGGAACCCAGAAGAGCACCUGUCUAAUGGGCUUUGAAGAAGCGAUGCCACCACCUCUUGCCACUCUAAAGGGAUACAAUCACCUAGUCUUGGAUAUAUUUCAAUAAUAAGUAAAUUAAAGGGUGUCUUAUCUAUAGUUGGGCUGAAGAACGUAUUUUUUAAUUCAAUUCAACAACCAUUUAUUCAACACCUGCACCUAGUAGUGUUGAAAAUACAAAAUCAGUUUAAUUAGUAUAGAAUGAACAAAAAUAAUUUUAAAGGUACAGUUAAACAUAAUUCACCAUGACGAGUAAGAAUUCUUUCUCAUAAAUUUUGUAGGAAUGGCGAAUCUACUUUGUAAUAUGUUUUCCUCACUAGAAAGAAAAGAGCCAUGCUACUAAUAUGCCUGAUAUUAUUUAUUUACACGUCAUGUUCAUCAACAAAAUUUAUUCUGAAUGAUUAUUGCUAUUAUACAUAGGCCCAUAGACAAUCUUGCCCACUUCCAUAAAUAACUUUACUUAAGCCAUUAAAAAAAAAUAGUCAUCUUUCCUUUUGAUACUGAGUUGUGGGGAAGGAAAAUCAUGUUUUACUUGGAAUUUCAUUCUGGUGUUUAGCAAACAAUUUAGUUUGAUUAAAAAAAAUGCCUCCUGCUUGCUGCCAUGCCCCAUAUUUUUACUGAAGGGAAACAAAAGCAGUGAUAUCCUGAAAGACUGAUGAUAUUUCAUAUAUUCUUGGUAAUUUAAAAUUCAUAUUUGGAAAAUUUUCUUCAAGUGGAAUUUUUCAUGUUUUUAUGCUAUCUCAUUAAUAGUGUCAUUUGACUUCCAAGAUGAGUAUUACUAAUGCUGAAUUCCAUGAUAUGCUUGUCAAUUUCCAACAAAACUCUAUUAGUUUUUCUGCAUUUUUGAAGGCUUAGAGAGUUUAAUUAGAAUUUCUACCUCCAGAGACUUCCUUGUUUAAUCUUACCUUUCUGGAUAGGUAAUAUUUAGUAAAAGAAAUUAACGAGAGCCCUGAUGAAAUCGAUGACUUCUUGGGAAAGGUUUAGAAAAUUAUGAGAAUAAUUUUUAAGCCAUAAAAUAUAGUUCCUUAGGAAAGGAUUUUAGAAACAAGUCUUCUGAAGCUCAGCUAGAAAAACGUCCAGAGAAAAGGAUUAGAUUUGGAUAAACAGUCAAAUAAUAAAUUUCUUUAUUCUCUUGACUCUGUGCUCCAUCUCCUGAAAAAGCUAAUCACUCAUGGCCUGACCUUGGUUAAGUUCCCAAGACCCCUGUGGGACCUACGGAGAGUUUUGAAAAUACAGGAGAGUCUGGAAGCUUCAUUUCAUAGUGACUAAGGAAAUGAAGGAAGCGGGGAUAUGGUGAAAGUAGGUAACGUCAAGAGCUUCUUAAGAUGAGUUGUGUCAACAGAAGCCAACACUUCAGGCAAAUCUAAGGAAGGUCAUUUUCUUCACAAAGAUCUUUGACAGAAGGAAGCAGUGAACUAUUCUAGGAGCUACAGCAGCCCCUAUAGGAACAGAACCUUUCAAUCAAUUGGCAGAAUGCUUAUCACGGGAAUGGAAGCCUCUGUGAUAUGCUGUUUGUAUUAAUUAGUAAGCCUCUUUUUUCUCUCUUUUAUACUAAUUCUGGGGUUUAUUGUAGUCAGUGUUUCUUACAAGUGGAUAAUCAUCCUCGUGAACAGUCCAAUCACAUGAUUUUUCUAGGUUUCUAAGCAGGGUAAUAACCCAGAUGGACAGCACAGCCCUUCAUACCUCUGAUGACUUUAACCCAGAAUUUAGCGAGAGAUGGUGUCCUCUCUAUGGUGGUCCUAGGGACAAGACUAAUGUUCAUCUUAGCAGUUAACUGUGUCAUAUCUGGCUUUAACUGCAGUAUUUAUUAAAAUCAUUGUCUAAUGAGACUUCUUUCAUAAAAGCAUACUUAAACUUGCAAACUAAUUUGUCCACAUUAUCAGUAAUAUGGACACCUUCAAAUAAACACAAGUUCAUGUUCUUUGUUUGGGUUUUCAUGCAUACUAAAUAUAACAAUGAAAUUUAACUUUAUAAAUUUUUAAAACUUUUGUUUUUCAUAUUAAGACAUACAGAUCAACAUAGUCAAAUGACAUUUUAUGAAGAAUUAAUAGUCAUAAUAUUAAGGUGUAGAACAUUGUUGAAGUCAAGGAAUAAUAGAAUUGCAUUUGAAUCAAUCAUAUUUAGGUUUUAGACAAAUAUUGGGUUAUACCUCAAUGGUCUUCAUGUGAUAAAGUGUUGUAAGAUCUUUUUCAUACUUUAUACAUUAAAAUAUUAUUUCCUGCAUUCAUUAAAAAUACAGAAGAAUGUAACAAUUGUUUAUAUAUGUAUAACUUAAUAUCUUUGAAGUAUUUAAAGCACAAAUUUAGGGUUUUUAAUCUAUUUUAAAACAAAACAGAGAAUGAUAGUAGGAUUUAGACUGACACUUUUUAAGAGAGGAGAUUUCAGUACAUAUAUGCCAAUUAAUAAUACCUCUCACCUAAAAAAAAAAAAAAUCUGAAUUACACGUAUCACCAAGGGUUAAAAAGUACUUCUCAGAUACGAUUUACAUUACCCAUUGCAUCUCUGAGUUGUAUACAUUCUCUUCUAUAAUAUUAACUAUUUUCUUUAUAAAAUGGAAUUUUAGGCUAAAAUGCUUUUUUUGUGGAGUUAGAAGUAGGUCAGUGUGAUAGACAGGUACAUAAUAUAUAUUGUUUUCUGUUUUAAGAAGCUUAAGAAAAAUUUUAAAGUAUUUAAAUGCAACAAGUUUAAAGAUAAUAAAAACCACCAUUAUUCUAGUUAUAUGAGCUCACUCCCUAAUUAGACAAAACAUCUGUAUUAUAAAUCUUGUAAAACAGCUUGAGUAUCAAAGUACUAUUCUUCCUAGUGUGCAUUCAUUUCAUAAAUUUCGAAGUCAGAAUUCUAGUACAAUUGAAAUACUUGUCGUCACGCCUCAGGCUUUUUAAAAAUAU